CAAUACUUUACCCGUUCCUGAAUGUGAUUAUUUACCAGGAACUGGGAGAUCAGAAUUUGUUAGAGGAAUGUUUGUUGCUUCUUGUCUAAAUGAUGAAAUUAUUGGGUGUUUAGAUAUUUAUGGGGAUUUAGUUCGUUCUGGACAUUUAUUUGUUUAUACACAAGGCCAGCUUAGAAGAUGUAUUAUUUAUGGACGUGGGCGAUGGGCAAAAACUGAGAGAUUGGGUUGUUUCAAUGGAAGUCGGGAAGUUGAUCCUCAAAAUAAACUUUAUCACGUUCCUUUGGGCCGAAGGUGGAUAAAUGGUAAUUUUGAGCUUCGAUGUACUGAUAAUGGAAUUAUUGUUUACAAAUGUUUGGUUGAUGGAAGGCGAAUACAUGAGGGCACUGCCUGGAUAGACAAAGAUGGCGUUUUAAAUUUUUGCGAAUGAAAAUACUUGAUAAUGUUUUGUUUUUAUUC